CUUCAUACCGGCAGCCUGAAACGUGUCCAGUGUAUUUUAUGUGACGUCAUCAGAAGUGGCCGGUAGAUGAAGACGAAUGUAAGCGUGUUGAUGUCGCCAGGAGCAGGUUUGACAAGUCUCAAGAUGGAUUCCCUAUACGGCCAGGUAGCCAUUGGAGUAUUGGGAGGAGUGGGCUGUGGACUUUUCCUUGGCUGGCACUUCCGGGCUCGGUUCAGCAACUCUUCCAAAGACAACGGGGCGGCGAUGGGGAAUGGCAGUAGGGGUGGAACGGCCACCAGCAUCAUGGGAGAAGGAGGGGAGUUCAAAAUGAUCCUGGUGGUCCGAUCCGACCUGAAGAUGGGCAAGGGGAAAGUGGCCGCCCAGUGCUCACACGCCGCCGUGUCGGCCUAUAAACAGGUCCAGCGCAGGAACCCUGAGCUUCUGAAACAAUGGGAGUACUGUGGCCAACCCAAGGUUGUGGUUAAAGCUCCAGAUGAGGACAGUCUGAUAGAACUGCUAACCCAUGCCAAAGAGGUAGGCCUGCCUGUCAGUCUGAUCCAAGAUGCAGGGAGGACCCAGAUAGCGCCAGGAUCCCGUACUGUGCUGGGAGUAGGCCCUGGAGCAGCUGAUCUUGUGGACAAAGUCACUGGACACUUGAAGCUCUAUUAGACACGAAAUAAGACUUGAAUUGAGUUGUCUGUAUUAGUUGUAUUUGAAAUAGGAUAAUCAUGGUCCACUUUCAAAUGUAUUUUUUUAAUGGAGAAAUUGUCAUUUGGGAACUGUACAUUAAUUUUCAUUAAAAGGUCCAAACAUCA